CAAGCGUCAUAGCCGCCGUCGGGCUCUGUCGGUUCGGACGUGUCCUGCCCGGUGGUUCCCCAGUGCCCGCAGGCUGAAGUAAGGAGCGCGGGGAGGUUAUUUCUUGAGGGUGUCGAGGAUAAAGAAAAAAAGAAGCAUCGUCUACUUCUUCUCUUCCACGCUCGCAUCCACGCGGAGGGCUAAGGGGAUGAUGAGCUGCGUAACAUGGAUAUCCGAGGAGGGAUGAAUGUCAACAAACUCGGCGGUGGACGUACUUGGAGGACACGUGUAUAUGCUGGAAAGGACAACUGCAGAAUUAUCCACAUUUGAGACUGGAUGUGACUGCAUGUGACCAGAGAACAUUACAAUGGAGUUGCUGUGGAAGCUCGCUUUGCUGCUCUUCUCGCUGGACUGUCUGACAGGAAACAGAGUUUUGCUGAGACCUGUGUUCACCAAACAACCUGGCAGUGUUGUGUUUCCCCUUCAGCAUGGAGAGAAUCGAAGAGAAGUUGUGUUUAGCUGUGAGGCCCAGGGACAUCCCUCACCCUCCUACAGGUGGAGGCUAAAUGAUUCUUUCAUCACGAUGACUCCAGGGUCACGCUACUCCCUCAUGGGAGGAAACUUACACAUUGCACAUCUGAAUAAAGCAGACGACGCUGGCAUCUUUCAAUGUCUGGCAUCAAACUCGUUUGGCACCAUUGUCAGCAGAGAAGCAAGUCUUCACAUUGCAUACCUCGAGAAUUUCAAGACUCAAAGAAGAAAUCCAGUGAGGGUUCGUGAAGGUCAAGGAGUGGUCUUACUCUGCGGUACACCUCUCCACUCUGGGGAGCUUACCUUCACGUGGAUCUUCAACGAGUACCCGUCGUUUGUCAUCCAGGACACACGGCGAUUUGUGUCCCAGAAGACGGGCAACCUCUACAUUGCCAAAGUUGAACCAUCUGAUGUGGGCAACUACACUUGUGUAGUCACCAACACCGUCACCAAAAGCAGUGUUCAAGGGCCACCCACACCCCUAGUGCUUCGAUUAGAUGGUGUGAUGGGUGAAUAUGAGCCAAAGAUUGAGGUGCAGUUCCCGGAAGUUGUUCCCGUGGCUAAGAGCUCAACUGUCAAGCUGGAAUGUUUUGCACUUGGAAACCCGGUGCCAACCAUCAGUUGGAGAAGAGUUGAUGGAGCCUCUUCUGGAAGAAAGGUGGAUAUCAAUAAAGCCAACGGAGUGUUAGAAAUCCCUUACUUUCAGCAGGAGGAUGCUGGGAUGUAUGAAUGUUUGGCUGAGAACAGCAGAGGAAAAAACUCUGUCAAAGGAAAGCUGUCGUUCUAUGCUGCACCUCAUUUGACUGAGAAGCCUCCGGAUGCUCAGAAGACGAUUGAUGACACUCUGGUGUGGGAGUGCAAAGCCAGCGCCAAGCCUAAACCCUCCUACCGUUGGUUGAAGAAUGGUGAGCCUCUGGACCCGAUGGAGGACAGAAUUCAGGUGAAUAACGGAGUAUUAACCAUCAGUAGCUUAAAUCUGGCUGACAUCGGAAUGUACCAGUGUGUGGCGGAGAACAAGCAUGGCAGAGUCUACACCAAUGCUGAGCUUCGAGUCAUAGCCAUUGCUCCAGACUUCUCCCAGAAUUUGUUGAAGACCCAGACUCUGGCCCGACAGAGUGGUGAUGUCCUGAUCGAAUGCAAGCCCAGGAUGUCUCCCUGGGGUGUGAUUUCAUGGAGGAAAGGAAAGGAAGCUUUGAGAGAGAGUCACAGAGUCACCAUGUUGGAUAACGGAAGCCUUCGUAUUUCCAAUGUUUCUAAAACGGAUGCUGGUCUCUACACGUGCGUUGCCAGAAACCAGUUUGGUGUAGCAAGCAGUGCCGGCAGUCUUUUGGUGAAAGAGUCGACUGUGAUCACAAGUCCGGCUGGUCAUCUGGACGUGACCGUGGGAGAGAGCAUUGUGCUGCCAUGCCAGGUGUACCACGACCCCACGCUGGACCUCAAGUUCACCUGGUUCUUCAACGAGCAGCUCAUCCACUUUGGGAGUGCGGGGGCCUAUUUUGAAAGAGUUGGGGGGCGCUCUGCCGGUGACAUAAUGAUAAGAAAUAUUCAGCUAAGGCAUGCUGGGAAAUAUACAUGUGCUGUGCAGACCAAGGUGGACAGUGUGUCUAUUGCCACUGAUGUGGUGGUUCGAGGUCCUCCGGGGCCCCCUGUGGAGUGUCAAGUGACAGAGAUGACAGAGACCACUGCCUUUCUGACCUGGGGACCCGGGAUUGAAAACCAUAGCCCUGUUCUCAGCUAUACCAUCCAGGCCAGGUCGCCCUUCUCUCUCGGGUGGCAAGCAGUUACGACCGUUCCUGAGCUGCUCGGAGGAAAGCAGCUGUCUGCAAUUGUCACAGAUUUGAGUCCCUGGGUGGAGUACGAGUUCAGAGUACUGGCAACCAACAGCAUUGGAACAGGAGAGCCCAGCAAAGCCUCUAGAAAGACCCGCAGCAAGGACAUGCUUCCAAGGGUGACUCCGGCUCGAGUGAACGGUGGAGGGGGAGGACGCUCAGAACUGGUCAUCACUUGGGAGCCUGUUCCAGAGGAGCUGCAGAGCGGCCCCGGUUUUGGCUAUGUGGUGGCCUUCCGCCCACUCGGCACGCAGGGCUGGAUGCAGGCUGCAGUCACAUCACCCGAUGCCUCCAGAUAUGUGUUUAAGAAUGAGAGCAUCCCUCCUUAUUCCCCUUACCAAAUUAAAGUCGGGGUAUACAACAACAAUGGCGAGGGGCCUUUUAGUCCGGUGGCUACCAUCUACUCAGCAGAAGAAGAGCCCAGCAGAGCACCAGGGAAGUUGAGGGCGAAAAGUGUUUCAGCGUCUGAAGUGGAGGUCACCUGGAAGCCGCUGGCCUGGAGCAACAACCGCAGACGCAUUCUGGGAUAUGAGUUGCGGUACUGGAGGGUAAAGCAGAAACAGGAAGCAGCUAGCGUGGUUAGGACGGUGGGGAAUAAGACGUCGGUACUCAUCAGGGAUCUCGAGGGCAGCAGUACCUAUUUGAUGUCCCUGUGGGCCUAUAACAGUGCUGGAGUGGGUCCGCCGAGCAGCAUUGUCAACGUCACCACCAAGAAACCUCCGCCUAGUCAGGCCCCCGUCAAAAUCAUGUGGAACACUUCCAACUCCAAAGUCAUCCUGCAGUGGGACCAAGUUCACGCUCUGGAGAAUGAGUCUGAAGUUACUGGUUAUAAGGUGAUGUACAGCCAGGACAAACACAGCCGUCCCAGUGUGGUGGAGACCAACACCACCUCCUUGGAGUUGUCUCUUCCCAUCCACGAGGACUAUGUCAUCCAGAUCAAACCUUUCAGUGAAGGCGGGGAAGGCAUCAGCAGCCGGCAGAUUACAAUCCCUAAAAUAGCAGGCUCCAUUGCCACGGGCGCAGCCUCGGCGUCUUUCCCGCUCCCUCUCGCCGCUCUCGCCGCCCUCACGGCCGUGAUGGCGCUAUGACGAACGUCCGCGAGGAGCCAGCGCCGCAGCCUGGCACGGAGAGAAGAAGCAGCAGGUCAAAGGCAGGAGACAGGACGUCUCACCUUUGCUUUUACCUUGCGUCCUUCCACGACUGUGUCUUCUGUCCUCUUUCAGAGCUGCGAAGCACACACUUGUUGGGAAGGAGUCUUUUUGAGGGGAUUGGCGUCGAUGUAACAGGAAGCGGACUGCAGCCUACCUGAAGGUGUUUUGUUGUUGUUUUUUGCUCACUUCUAAUAUGUCGGAGGUGGACUUUUUUCCCUGGAUGGACACGAAGAAGCACUUCUAUUGGAAAUGCGAUUCCAUCCAAGACUGACAAGAUGUCUCCAUCCAGACUGUGUUUUGCUGACAUUGCUUUGUGACAAACUACACGUUGGGACCUCUGUGGCUUUACCUGGAUCUUAUUCAUGCUUUUAUCUCGUCAGGCCAUGAAACAGACCUGCAGCAAAAGGUCGCCACCCAUAACCAUAACACGCCUGCUGAUGACCAGAGUCCAUUAUGAAGAGCGCCGACGAUUCCAUGUCUUACCUUCCGCCCUCCUCCAUCAUCCUCCCCCCUCACCAAGUGCAUAAUGACGGCGCGCUGAGAGGUGUGACCCACAUUGUUGUUUGUAAGAAAUCCUCAGGUCCCAAACCAGCCUUAAGUCUUCUAAUUAGGUUCCAUGUUGUUCUUGCUUUCAUUUCUAUUCCUGCUUUUCUUUGUCCGUGUCGUCUUGUAUAUUCUGUACACUUUGGGGCUCGAACAACACGCCUUUCUCCCGUUUUUUUUCAUAACGACCCUUACAAAGAGUUACAAAGCGCGGAUGGAAUUAUGGCAAAGGGAAUGAGGCGUUUGCAGGAUGAUCUGAUGGUUCAACGAGCUUUUAAUAAACAUGAUGCCAUUUUC